AUGCCAACAACAAAGAUAUACAUCGGGAAUAUGCCUGAAGACUGCAAAUUGGAUCAGUUGUGUCAACUCUUUGGUAAAUAUGGUCGCGUAGAGGAGUGCGAUAUUGUCAAGAAUUAUGGGUUUGUGCACAUGUCGUCAGACGAGGAGACGAAGAAAGCUAUUGAAGAGUUAAACGGAUUUGAAUUUAUGGGCAAAAAGCUAUCGGUAGAAGUGAGCCGAAGCAAAGUGAGGACAAAACCAGGAAUGGGAGGCAAAAGCCAGUGCUAUCGGUGCGGCAAAAGUGGCCACUGGUCUAAAGAGUGUCCGCGAAAUUUCGGUGAACGCGCGCGCAAUACUCACCGACACGUCGGUCGGCAACACCACUACCCCUACGACACUAACCGGCCUUUUCAUGACACGUGUCCGCCACGGCCUCCGGGACCGCCACCGCCGGCGGCACCCCUACCCCAUCGCGACCAUUACGACCGGUUAGACCACUAUAUGCGGGACUAUAUGGACGCGUACGAGCGUAGGCCGCCAUUCACUGACCAUCAUAUAUAUGAGGGCAGAGCACCGGAACCGCUGCCGCCACCGCCACCCGAGUACUAUCGACGGCCGCCGCCUGUUAUGUCUGAACCUUAUUAUGACGAGUAUUACGACCGUAGGCUUCGGGACAGCGAUACGCGUAGU